CUCCAAACCCAUUUACGCAAAUCCAUUGAGGCGAGAGGUGCUUCUUGGCUCAAGAGGAAAGAAGGACUCCUGAAAAGUGAAGACUAUGUGCAGUCUCACCCACUGCAGAGGCAGAGAUGUUCACCAGGUGCAGCUGAACGCAGGUUUGAUGACAGCUGAGAGAUACUGCAAUACUUGCAGCCUACACCUGUUGCUCAACCUAACGCCAAACUCAUCCCAGUCAUUGCAUCCUUCCUCCUCCUCCUCCUCCUGUGUGACACAAGGGGGGUCCACAGGUAUAAAAGAAGUGUACGUUCCCUCAACAAUCAGACUUCACGCCUUUCCUUGUCCUGCACAUCUCAGUCUCGGCUCAAUCCUUAGAUCAGAAGCUAAGAUGACUUUCUACGACGACAUUUACCCAUUCUACCCGCUACAAAGGACUGCCUUCAUCGUCAGCGGCCGACUGCUCGCCAUUAUUCUGGUCUUCCUCAUGCUGGCAGUCGGUCUGCUUCUCAUCCUGCCAGGAAUACGAGGAAGGACGCGGGUCUUCUGGAUGCUUAGGAUCAUGACCAGCUUGUUUAUUGGUGUAGUUAUAGUAGCUCUGAACUUCACCAACAGCUGGGCCGAGGCGAGGAUGACCACAAACGCUACCUACAAGUCCUUCAGUAAUGCUGUCAUCCAGGCUGAGGUCGGCCUGCAUGUUGGGCUGUAUGGCAUUAACGUGACACUUAGAGGCAACCCCAUUGUGCAGUUCAAUGAAACCAUCAACUACAAUGAGAUGUUCAGCUGGCAUGACAUCGCUGAAGAAGAGUAUGAGCAAGCUUUGAUCAAAGGUUUACCCAACCCCAUCCUAUACAUCGUGGAGAAAUUCACCCUGAGCAGCCCCUGUGGGAUGAUUUUUCAGUACAGUUACUCCGGACGCUUCGCCUCUGCAACCCUCUGGACGGCGUUCUGCUGCUGGAUUCUCGCCAACAUCUUGUUCUUCUUGCCCGACGUUGUUUACGCCGGGUACAUGACCAUGGCCACCGCCGCCUUCAUCUUCUUCUCCAUGGCCUCCUUCUCCACCAUCAAGAAUGUGCCUCGGUGUGUCUUCUCCAUAGGCGAAGACUCCUUUGUGACAGAGUACAGCCAUUCGUUUUGGCUGGCUCUGGCUACAGGAGUGCUUUGCACCAUCAUCGGGUUUUUCGUGGUGAUGCUGUACUUCCUGAUGCCAGAGAAGGUAAAAGCAGCUUUCAGCUUGCGUUUCGACAGCUACGAGGAUGAGGAUAAAUCUUGUCCGGAGGGCUACCUGAACUCAGUCUUCCUUAACGGAGAAAUGCAUCUACCUCUGACACCUAAAGUCACACCAGUAAGUAGAAACGCAACUUCAUCGUAUUGUCAUCAGGAGUAUUUUCCUGCUUUACAGUGAAUCAUAAUUUGCUAUCAAAAGCUGGGAAAUGCAUUCUUAUUCAAAAAUCCUUGAUAUUGCCCUUUUGUGUCAACAGCCGGCCCAAAGCAUAAACAAACUGAGUUGCCAAACUUAGAAUCAUGGGACUUCCAUAAAUGCUUUAAUUUGAACACAAACCAUACAACUAAUUAGUUUUGUUUGUUUCCUGAGAAUGAGAAUAGCAUUGCAUUAGAUUUGACAGUUUCAGCAUAUGUGUAGAUUUAAAUGGUUUAAAUUAAAAUCUCAACAUAAUUCCAAUCUGAUGCAAGUUACAUUUUUUUCUGUGUGUUUUAGCUACAAAAACCUCACAAAUAAAAAACAAUCAGGUGUUCUUACCAGAAAGAUAUGCAAUUCUGCUUAAAGCUGCAGUAUGUAGCUUUUAUUAAAAAAUGUUUUUUGCACAUUUUUAUGUUUCAUAAAAAAUCUGAAAAAAAUCGAUCUCCUCCACCUCCUCACUGUGCUGCUAUUGACACCACUGCACCACUGCACCACUUCCGGCCAGAAACAACAAUCGGAGCCUGAAGGAGGGUCUUAGCGUUGUCAGUCAAACUUGUGUACACGCCGCUCAAUGUGCUAAAGAGGAGAAACAACUUACCGUUAUAGGAAAACCGUUUAUCCGUCUUUAUGAGUGGCUAUGCUAACUAGCCUGAGCAUUCACGACAGGCGAGCGACGCACACAUAGCAUGAUUGACAGCAAUAAGACCCGCCUCCUGGCUCUGAUUGGUUGUUUCUAGUUAACGACAGAAG